AUGUUCCGGCUCGUCAAAAUCAGUUUUAUUACUUCUUCUUCCCUUACCACGAUCGCCGGCUUCCUGUUAAUUUUUCUGAGUGUCAUUAUUCUGUAUUUGAACGUCCCCACAACCCAGCUUUUCAAUGUGCUGGAGGACCUCUGCAAGACCAAGAGCGAUCAAUUUGGCGGCAUAGACAUCACUACCACUUUUACGCACAUAUACAUUCAAGCUGUCUUGUCACUUCCGGUAGGUUCCUUCGUCAUUCUUUCUGGCGUUUUCUCCAUCAUAGGAGCGGGAAAUUUAAACCCGAGGCUUCUGAAAAUCGCUCUCUACUUUUGGGUCGCUGCUAUCAGUUUUCUGUCUUUGUUUCUCGUUUACAGCGCAGCCUCGACGAUCUCUGUUAACGAUACGUACAUGUACUGUUAUUUAAGCGUCCUCACCGACCUGUUACAGAGAGGGGCCGGCGAAAGUAAUGAGGUCAGGGCGUUGAUUGAAAAGACCGAAGUGUUUCUGGAUUGUUGCGGCGUCCGUGGGCCGGCCGACUACAAUUUUUAUACGGAGCUGUUUGGAAAGGACCGAUAUCCGCGUUCUUGUUGCUAUCACCGUAAACAGGAUCUGUACAGUUGCAAAGAGGAGCACAUCCUGAAGAAAACCGGUUGCUACCACGGAAUCCGAAACGGACUCAAGAAUCGAAAAAUUAUAUUCACGUUCACAAUAGUCUUCAUAACGCUUUUCUUGUCAUUUUCAUCUGUCCAUCCUUUCUUUUCUUCUUUCUUUUUGUCGUCUUUUCCAAAAAAAAAGUUUUCUUUUCUUUUUUUUUUGAUAUAUUUUCUUUUAGCAUUUUCAUCUGUCUUUCCUUUUCUUUCCUUCUUUUUUUUGCCUUCUUUUUCCAGUAUUUCUUUUUUUAAACUUUUCUUAAUUUUCUUUCUUAUUUUCUUUCUUUCUUUCUUUCUUUCUUUCUUUUCUUCUCCACCCCUUCCUUUUUACCUUUUUCAUCUGUCCUUUCUUUCUUUUGCAGCAUUUUAUUUUUUAGCUUUCUCCUCUUUCUUUCUUUCUUUCUUUCUCAUCUUUCUCAUCUUUCUUUCUUUCUUUCUUUCUUUCUUUCUCAUCUUUCUUUUUUUCCUUCUCAUCUUUCUUUCUGUCUUUCUUUCUUUUUUCUUUCUUUCUCAUCUUUCUUUCUUUCUUUCUCAUCUUUCUUUCUCAAUCUUUUUUUCUUUCUCAUCUACAUUUGUUUUCUUUUCUUUGAUUUUUCAUGUUCUUAAUUUGUCAUUUCUUACUUUCUUUGAUUUUACGUUUGCAUCUGCCCGCCCCCUCUACUUUCUUUUAUAUUUUUUAACAAUUCUUUUUUUUUUUCUCGUUUUUCUUUUUCUCCGAUCUUUUGCUGUCCUUCAUUCCUUCUCAUUUUUCUUUCCUUUUUUUCUUUAA